UUCUUUUCAUCUGCAAUUGAAACCUGACUCAGUUUCACCCAACACGUAUACAUACUCUACGUCCAUAAUAACAAUAUACAAUGUUUUAAAUAAUAUAAAACAUGGGAUCUUCAGGAAAUGUGCAACAGAGUUCAAUGAUCGUGACAGAUUAUUCAUUAGCUCACAAGAUAGCAACACUGCUUACAUACCGUUGGUAGUACAAAGCAAUGCUGACGACUGUAAGCCAGUGUGAAAGGCGCGAUAUACUACACUGUUGCGUUUUAGCGUUAUUUACUCCCUUCCUCCUGCCCGCCUAGAAUUUCGGUAGGCUGUUAAACAGUAAAAUCGCAACAUACAUUACUCCACAUUCCACACAUGAAGCUGAUUCACAGAGAGAGAGAGAGACCCCAUGAAAGUGGACACCGCAACAAAUAAUGAUCGGUCUCUGCUACGGCGGGUCCCCAGCAACGUCGUCGUGCGAAGGAAGCGGACAAAAGAACGGACCAGCCCCGCAGGUGGUGACGAACGGCCUGACUCAUCCCCCGAGCGGUCGGUCGUGCAGAAAUGUGGGUUUGUGCGUACCGCGGCUAAUGUGCCAGGCCCUGCUGGUCUCCGCGUGUGUCUCGAUCCCUUUGGCGCGUGUCCAUUCCAUUCCAUUAGCGGUUCCAGCUAUCUUAUUGGGUAGGAUUUUGAGACACCGGCUAGCCAUUGGCGAAAGUAUGCAGCAGAGGGGUGUUCGGAUAAUUACAUCCAACAUAUGCUCGGGCAGACAAAUUGAGCCAAAUUAUUGAACAGUACACACUGUCGGGAGUCGUUGACAUUCGUGCAAUUCUAUUUAAUCAUAGGAGUGGUGGAAAACAAAAACCGUUGCAUUGCUGCAUUGUUAUCGCAGUCGUAACGCCGAAAGGUGUUUCUUCUGUAACAGGUCACCAGUUAUAAUUUUUAUUAUUUUUUCAACUUCAAAACAAGCAUUUGAAACCUAACUGUUUCACGAGCAGGUUCUUUACUUUUUCUUCGUUUAAAGACCCCUUAAGAACCAACGUGAAUCAGAGUUUGCCGAGACCCUAGCGAAAGGGGCGACUUUGUCUUACCACCACAGAGUAUGUGUAUGUGUGCGUGUGUGUGUGUGUGUGUGAUAUAUAGUUGUACCGUUGCUCAGGCCAGUGAGUCACGCACGGCAGAGGGUUCGCUGUCUUGUGCGCGCGCUGCAAUUAUGUCUUACAGCGCCGCACAGCGGCAGCCAUGGCGGCGGCCGAUUCUGCUACCCAUUCCAUAAGGCGCGCGCGCGCGUGUGUUCCGGGACUGCGUGCUAUCACCAACAACACUACCACCACCACCGGCGGGCCCAUUCAUUCAUGGGGCUGAAUGUACGAAAGCAGCGGUCAGCACAGAGAGACAGCGAACGCCGAAAAAGAAGCGAGCGCUCAUCACGCACACACACACACACACACUCAUUCGCACCCCGGGGCUUGUAGACGAGCGCGUCGUAGAGGGUCCCCUACUACUAUAUUGCCCGACGGUUCAAGCGUCUCGCAUUCGCUCGCAAACCUGCCAACCGAACGGGUGUGCGCGGUGGCGAACGGCAACAGCAAAGCAGAACAACGAAAAAACCCGGCAACAACGACCUCGACUGUACUGUAGAGAGCAGAGAGAGAGAGAGAGAGAGAUAGAGAGUAGCAGCAAAAGAGGUUCGUCGCCAGCACGCUUCGUUUGGUUAGAUAUUGGUAGCCGCCUGGGUCUGGCGUUACACUCUCGCGUUCCAGGCUUUGUGUUGGUGUUUUCUGCAGAGAUCUUACCCAGCAAAAGCAACCCGUAUCUGUGCAGAAACGAAAGUGUUUGUGUAUGUGUGUGUGUGUGUGUCUGUGAAGUAGUGAACCAGCAAGAAAAAGCCUCUGCCAGACGAGAAUGUGCUAGGCCGUAGAGUGUUCGGUGUUCAACGCCACUGACCCCCAACCCGUCGAUCAAACCAAUUUCUCUCAAUUGAUGCCUCUAAGCCGCCGCGUUUGCCUGUGCUGUGUGGCGAGAUAAUUGGCUGUUAGAACACCGUUUCACACUGCCAUCACCAUUCAACACAACCCGAGACAGCUGAGCACACAAAGAAAUCCAGACAGGGCAAUCCAGAGGCGGGCAAGAUGAAGAUGCUGCUGCCAGUCGUGACCGUGCUGCUGGUGCUGGUGCUGGCACCCGCCGGGCACGGAGUGGCGAUCGGUCCGGGCUGGCUGGCGCUGAGCGAAACGACCAAGGUGCUGCUGCGCAUCGCGGUCGAUGUGGCGGAGAUGCAGCUCGGCGACAGCAAACCGUCCCCGAUCAACUUCAACCAGGACCUGCGCAUCAUGCACACCAUCCAGACGCUGUCGGCGGAGAUGCGCGAAAGCCAAACGGCCAUGGUCGAUAUCCUCGGGCAGCGCGUGCACGACGUGAUCGAGAGCUUCGGCCACCGGAACCGGUUGGUCGAGCGGCUCGAGAAGCUGUACAUGAUCGUGCGGCUGGUCGAGCGGCGGGAGGCCAGCAUGUACCAGCUGCUGCGGACGGACACGCCGGUCGAGCAGCUGACGCUUACCCAGUUCGCGCAGGCCACGGUCGACGUGAGCAAGUCGGACAGCGUGAUCGAGCUGCUGCACAACCUCGAGCUGCUGGUCACCGGCAGCACCCAGGUGCUGUUGCCGCCCGGCCGCCAGGACAUCUUCUCCCAGCUAAACGAGACGGCAAGAAGCGUCCUCUGCAGCUUCGGGCUGUCACCCCAGCAGCUCAUCUACGUGCUGUACGAGUCGAUCGCAACGACCGAACUGAAGGGCUACAUCAUGAUGCAGUUCUCCUACAUGCUGCUCAAAACCCAGGGCCAAGGUAACUUUACGGUGGAAUCGCAGACCCGUCGGAACGAGCUGCAGACCCGGCUCGCCCGCACCCAGCAGCUGGUAAGGAACGUGAUGAACCAGACGAGCGGCGAGUACUGGCGGUGCGAUCCGGACCGUGGGGCGCAUCGCGAGAACGUCACGUACGUGCAGUUCACCCGCCUGGUCCAGGGCUACGUCGAGAACGAGGUCGACAUGACGACGGACAACACGUGCCGGGAAACGUGCUCGCACUACAAGUACGGGCACGAGCAGCACCAGUGCUACAAGGAGCUGUACUGCUCCCAGCAGCCCAAGUGUGCCGGCCGCAUCUACGACUGCGAGUACAUCGACUCGGACAUGUGGAUCUGCCCGGCGGCACCGGGCGGCAUCCGGCGCUACGAGUACAUCGAGUACGAGAACGGGGAGAUGCGCGGCCGCAAGCAGAGCUGCCCGCGCGGUACCACCAAGGUCGACUCCUGGUGGCGCUGGCUGUUCUGGCACUGUAGCUACUGCUUCUGCUACUGCGACGAUGCCGGCCGCCACUCCGAUCGCUACGUCAGCCUGCGCGAAUCCGUCUCGGACAUGGCGCAGAACCGUGUGGUAACCGGGCUGCGCUUUGUGAAGCGCCGCCAGAUGGUGCAUCUGAUCGUGCAGCAGGGGCUGCUGCUGCCCGGGGGCGAGAUCGCCAACAGCACGCUCGAGUGGGUCGUGCCGAAACCGUUCACCCACACGGACAAGGGCGUGCGGGACGGGCACGACUACCACACGCUCUCGUACGAUCGGCGCGCGAUCGACCUGGACGACGUGCACGUACCGCCCGGCUACGUGGUGACCGGCGUCCAGUUCCGCGUGCUCGGCGCCCGGCUCAACCUGCUGCUGCGCAUGACCGAGAUGAACUUUACCGCUGGCAAGUUGGUCGGCCUGGACGCGUCCAUCUGGAGCGGCAGCUUAGAGACGGAACGGACCGAAAUCCCGCUCAAGUACAUGGACGUGCCGACGCUCGCACCGGCCAAAUCGGUCCCCAUGUCCACCCAGAACCAGUACCUGCGCUUCGGGCCGACGGGCGGCCGGGCGGACGCCGCCCAGACGACCAUCCCGUUCCUGGACGCGCAGCCGGUCAGCCCGGUGCGGCCGACGCCGCUCGCCGGCGCCGGCCUCAUGUACAAGGGCGUCCCGAAGUACGGCGGCUUUGUCGCGCCUAAGAUCAUGACGUACAACUUCGGUGCACACAUCCAGGACCCGACCGACGAUUGGUUUGCGGCGGAGCUGGAAGCACGCAGCAGUGCUGCUGCUGGCGCCGGCAGCGACAGCGGCUAGUCGAAAUUAAUGCUACGAAGAGAUAAAAUAAAACAAAACAAAAAAAAACAGAAAUGCCAACUGCCGACGCCGCCCCCCAAACACAGAGAUGCAAAAAAGCACGUCUUGUGCAGGGGUUUCAGCAAUGCCUGAAGGCUCUCCACCACCUCUCCAACGGGGAUGGAUAGUUCAGCUCGUUCAGCGAGCCAGUUUACCAAAAGAAGCAAAGCAAACUAAAGGCAAAAGUCAAAAGUAACAACAACAAAAACUCCCAAUGGUAGUAAUACAUCCGAAACCGGAUACUUAUAGCGAGUGAGAGCGAGCCAGCGCAGAUAUUCUCUGGUAGAUAAGCAAAUACCCCUAAAAAACAUGUAAUCUGUAAGCGAUCGAAAACAAAUAAAUUGGAACCGGGAAAAUCCCACUCCUUACAACCAAA